CGGCGGGCACCGGGGUCAUCAGGCACGACAACGGGCAUCGGGUCACCAGGCAUCAGGUCAUUUGGCUCGCCAGUGGGCACCGCGUCAUCUGGCAAGGCAGUGGGCACCGAGUCACCAGGCACGACAGUGGGUUCCGAGUCAACUGGCAUGACCCGCGGGCACUGGGUCAGACAUUGGAUAGUUUGGCUGGACAGCGGGCAUCGGGUCACCAGGCAUCAGGUCAUCAGGCAUGACAGCGGGCACCAAGUCACCAGGCACGACAGUGGGCUCUGAGUCAAUUGGCACGACAGCGGGCACCGGGUCAUCAGGUACCGGAUUGUCUGGCUCGACAGCAGGCAU